AUGAGCAACGACCUGGUGAAAGACCGGGUGCUCAGUAACGUGGAGGGGAAGUACCUGAUGGACAGCGUGCCGUUCAGCUGCUGUAACCCCGGGUCCCCGCGGCCCUGCAUCCAGCACCACCUGACCAACAACACGGCGCACUACGACUACGACCACCGCAUCGAGGAGCUGAACAUCUGGAGCCGGGGCUGCCGGGAGGCGCUGUUCGCCUACUUCAGCAGCAUGAUGAACAGCAUCGGGGUCCUCAUCCUCUUCACCAUCAUGCUGGAGUCCCUGGACAUGGCGGGGCUGAAGUACCUGGUGACGGCCUUGGAAACGAUGGAGGACCCGGAGAACCCGGAGUGUGAGAGCGAAGGCUUCCUGCUGGAGAAAGGAGUGAAGGAGACGUUCGCUGACCUGUUCGUUAAGAUGAAGAUGCUGCGGGGGGGCAACGAGGUGGAGGGGGGGGAGGCAGCCGAGGCCACCUGA